GUGAAGGUAGCGCCUACCUGACUGUGUCGCAGUAUAUAUGCACAUUAAUUCCACAGGCACGCGAUGCGUGCGUGAUAAACGUGAUAGGUAUGAAUAGAAAGUUUACAAUCUAAUCAUCGUUGGAAGAAACCGACGCCCUUACAGCUAACCACACGCGAUGACGUGUGUGACAGCGACGCCCGCUGCGUGAUUCCACAUCCAGUUCGCUCUACUUGGAACGCACGUGAGAGAGAGAGAGAGAGAGAGAGAGAGAGAGAGAGAGAGAGCGAGCGAGAGAGAAAGAGAGCGCGAGAGAGAGAGAGAGAGAGGAAGACGGCACCGGAAUUUAGACCGCGCCACAAAUCGAUAGCUCAGACGAUGACCGCCUACCCUCCGUUUGGCUUUACAUUUCCGCCGACCUCGCAGGGCUACGUGCAGAAGCUACCUCAGCAGUCGUACGCCGGAGCACGCGCACCGCAGCGGCACCCGUGCAGUCCGGGCUCGCAGGCGAUGUCCGCCGAUCUGCUCUCGUCUCGCGCCAUGUGCUUCAACCCGGCGAUGCUGGCCUCCUACCCACGGCUACCGACAGUGCCUGUGUACAGCCCGGAGCAGGGCUACGUGCCCGUGUACGCCGCCGACCCUGCCGCCGCUCUCUACCCACCCAUGAAUGGCAGCAACGACACGGCCUGGCGGCUAGGACAACCUCAUUUAGUUUCGCAUCCAUACGAACUAAACGGGUAUUACUAUGACAGUAACGGCAUCAGGAGAAAGAACGUUACACGGGAAGCGUCGGGCGCUCUGAAGGCGUGGAUGCGAGAACACAUCAAGAAUCCGUAUCCGACGAAGGGAGAAAAGAUCAUGCUGGCCGUCAUCUCGAGAAUGACGCUGACGCAAGUGUCGACGUGGUUCGCGAACGCGCGACGCAGGCUGAAGAAGGACACGAAAUUCAUGAGCAAGGAUGCGCCGACAGACGAGCACAGCGAGGACGAAGAAGAGGAGGAGGAAGAGGUGGUGGGCGAAAAUCAGGAGAUAAGCGUAGACGAGCGGAGGGAGGAGGAAGAGGAGGAGGAGGAGGAUGAGGAGGCGGUGGGCGAAAACAAAGAUCCGGCUUCCUUCAUCGACAUAAUCGGUUGUGGAGAGGAGAUAACCCAUGGCGACAGUAACGCACGUCUAUCGAACACCACCGUAACAGCCUAUCGCUCUCUGAACGCACCAGACCACCCCGAAGCGCAACAGAAACGCUCGCCCGUGCAGACGAAUAGCGCAACGAAACCAAAGAUUUGGUCGCUGGCCGAAACGGCAACAUCGACAAGUAGCGCAACCGGACCGUCGGUCAUGCACGCAGCAGCGUACGUUUCCUCGCCGGCCAUGAUGGCGUCUGGAAUCUGCGACUUUCGGUCGAUGGCUAUGAUGCCCAACAUGCCGGCGGCUGCGUUCGUGGCCGGAUAUCCGCGCGUGGGGAUCAUGCCUCUGACGUCAGUGAUGUCUCGCGGCAGUGCGGAGCCUUUGGCGGUAGCGAGAACCGCGACGUGGACUCCUCAGAGUUCAGCCAAAGGUGGCUGCUCCUCUUCGCUGUCUGCGUUCUCGCUGGCGUCGUCAUCGUUGUCGUCAUCGUUGUCGUCGUCAUCGCUGUCGUCGUCGUUGUCGUUAUCCGGCAAAGCGACGAAAAACGGCGACAACUUUGAGAAGAUUUCUGUGGGCCCUUCUUGAUAACGAGUUUCGUGAUAAGUAGAUGGUGAUAGUACGUACGUAGACUAAGACACAACUGGAAAAGGGAACUGAAACUGAAAUGCUUGGAAAACGAUGUUACGUCGUCGCCAUCUUUAAUGGCGUCCAGCGAUUGUAGAUGUGUCAGAGGUAAACGAAAUGCGAUCACCGGGGUCUUUAAUAUUACUAGCUUUCUAUUUGGGUAACCAGCAACUGAGGAAAACUAGUAGGACCGCAUUCUUCAUGUCUGUAGAUAUAAUUAUAUAGAACAUGCGCGCUGCAUUGAUGUUACGAGUUAAUUUCCGUACACAGGGCACAUGGUCUCUGUUACAAUAUUGCCAAUUUAUAUUCGUUGUUACGAUUAUAGAGUAUUGAUAUAUAUCAUCGGAAGACAAAUAUAUUAUCGCUUAAAUCAUAGAAUCCGAUUUUCAUGAUAACGACGUCCAUAGAUUCGGGAAUAUCCGACAUAUUCAAUAUUCAUAUAUUCGGGAAUAUCUCAACUAUCUGUGCAGAUACUAUGAGUUUAGCCCAACCGCAGCAGUCUGGUUUGCCCGUCUCGCUGAGAUCCAUGUUGUAAAUAAAGUUAUUUUUAAACCAUCAUCCAUAAGAGACGUUAUGUAAAUUUGAAAUAGGAACCUGUAUGUACAUAUAAUAUAUAUAUAUUUGUGUGGCUUCGCACAUGCGCGCGUGAGUGCAUGUCUGUGUACUGUAAAUGUAAUGCCAUGGAAUGUAAUAUAAUUUAUAAUGCACACACUAUUUGUACUUUCGCUAUAAUAACAUAAACAUACGUUUUAACAUAAA